AUGAAGCGAGCCGGGCGAAUCGCUUGGACUAAUGCUUGCCUUCCCGGUGCUCGCAGGUGUUUUGCUACGUCUCUACCCUCCACUUCUUGCUGUCGUCGUACUUCCCUACAGUCAGCUCUGAGAACUACAGCGGUGCCGCGUCGAACAGUAAUGUCGUCGGCGCAGUGGACAUGCACCCCGAGAGUGUUUCCCACCUCGGGAGUCAAGUUGCUGGACCAGUCCGCCGAGCUUGACGAGGAGACACUGCCGAAUUACCAACCCGAGAAAUACUACCCAGUCACCCAGGGUGAAGUACUCAAUGAUCGGUAUCAAACCCUUGCCAAACUAGGAUACGGAGUCACUUCCACAGUUUGGCUGGCGAAAGACUUAGUUGCAUCGACAUAUGUGGUUCUAAAGGUUUACGUCACGGGCCAGAACCGGGACCUUGAGCGAGAACUAGACAUUUACAAGCACAUUAAUUCGGUGGAAGCACAACACCCCGGGAAAAACUUCAUUCGUAAACUUCUCAACUAUUUUUAUCUCCAGGGCCCUCAUGGCUGUCACGCCUGUCUUGUUCACGAGCCUCUCGGAAUGACUGCAGAUUUUCUACCUGCUAUCCGACAGCUACUCGUCGCCCUGGAUUUCCUGCAUUCAGAGUGCCAUAUCAUCCAUACAGAUCGAACAAUCUACAGGCCUUUAGGUUUUCUUUCUCCAGGCGGAAGGCCAAUUCUCGCUGAUUUUGGAGAAGCUCGAUUUGGCGAUGAAAAGCAGAAUGGCGAUAUUAUGCCGAAUGUUUAUAGAGCUCCGGAAGUGAUUUUAAGGUCGAGCUGGGACUAUAAGGUAGAUAUAUGGAAUAUUGCUAUGGUUGCCUGGGAUAUUGUCAGCUCUCGCACCCUGAUCAAUGGCAAAAAUCCAGAUGGCAUAUUUGAUGAUCGGGUCCAUAUAGCAGAACUGAUUGCUCUGCUAGGCCCUCCGCCCCCCGAAUUCCGGGAACAGAGACACCUCAGCUCAGCCUUCUGGGAUAAGUCGGGGAAGUGGAAGGAGGUUGCCUCUAUUCCAGAUAUUACCCUCGAGAGCCUGGCCUCGGAGGUGGACAGGGAAGAUAAAGAGGGGUUUUUCCGGUGGCUCCGGAUGGCCUUGCAGUGGAACCCCGACGACCGGCCCACGGCUUUGGAACUCUUGUUCGACGAGUGGAUGAUGAAGGGGCUUUGA